AUGACUUCUCGAUGGAAACAAACGGAAUAUUUGUCAAAAUCAACCAGCAACUUAUCCAAAAUUACUUCACUCGGUUCAACUCCCAAUCUAAGAGAACAUCAUCAUGAGCACUUACACCAUCAUGCAGCAGAUGCAUAUAUCUCAAGCAGUGCACGAAUUACCCCAUUUGGAUAUAAUGCCAGACAUCGGCGAGUUUCGACAGGCGGACAAUUUCGAAGCACUUUGCUCACAAGUCAAUCGGCCAUGUCAUCUGGUAGCAACAGCGCUUCCUCUACAAGACCACAAUCUUUACGUUCACGAGCUUCUUCUGCAGCUUCGAGCGUUCUAGAUUCUAGCCAAAUUCAUAUGUUAUUAAAUAAACGAGAUAGCCGCAGCAGUAUUUUUACCAACAGUAGCCAAGAUCAAGCUUCUCCCACAAGCACAAGCAGUGCAACAGAAAUUCGAUCAGAAACCUCCAAACCUCACAUCAUAACUGUUCGGUCACGUGGAAGUUUAUCAUCUGAAGCCAAUACUAUGGUUGAAUGCUCCACAUCAACAGCUGAUUCUGAGGUUAUUAGGAAAGAUUCUGGAGAGCAAGAGGUUUCGAAGCCGUUGAAGAAACUGGAACGAAAUCAAACAGCACCGAAUAUCCCAUUUCUAAAUGAAACGAUCUGGCAGAUUGACGAGCUUGUUUACGUUGGAACAAUCGAAUCCUCGAGAAACAUGUCGUUACUCUGCCGUCUAGGAAUUGAGUAUAUAUUAGAUGUUUCACAUCAGAAAUCUGAAGAUGAACCUAAGAAUUCCAGUAUUUGGCAAUGCUCAUGCAGAACGCGUCAUUCGCGGUAUGAAGUGAAUAUGGUCGUGCCGGAUUCUGAAAAACUGCUGAUUGAUCCUAUAACCCAACAUAAGAUGAACAUGAAUGAGCGUUUUGAUCAAUUCAUCGAAAUGAUAGCAAAAGCCCGUAAAGCCAAACGAAGUGUUUUGGUAUGUAGUGGAAAAGCUCGAAAUAAAGCUCCUGCCUUUGCUGCAGCUCACCUGAUGCAGAAUGAGCGGCUUACUCGUGCGGCUGCAGUUCAAAAAGUUGCUCAUGCGAUGUCUUCAAUGAGACCCAAUAUGUGCAUCUCUGAUUUUCUACAACGAUCUCUAAUGAGAUAUCAAGUAUAUCUGGGUAUUUCUCCUGACACAGCUCAUGAUCCAACCCACACAAUGCCAUUGUUCCAUGUCAAACGUACGGCAUGGACAUGA